UUUUAUGCAUUAUUCUUAUUUCUUAAUGUUAAAUUUGCAGUUAAUUAUAGUAUUAAUUAUUUUGUUGUGCAGCUGCGAAUCACAUUACAACUGCAGAGUCCUUGCAAUUUGAUUUUGCUACAAUUGAAGCUGCCACUGGCAAAUUCUCAGAUGAUAACAAGCUUGGUGAAGGAGGAUUUGGUGCAGUUUACAAGGUGAUUGUGAAGGUUUUACUAGUUUUCUUUUAAUUUCUUCUUUUCAUGUAUGUGUCUGUGAAUCCAAGUUUAUCUCAGGGUACACUUCCUAAUGGACAAAGAAUAGCUGUGAAGAGGCUAUCGAAAAGUUCUAGACAAGGUGCAGGAGAAUUUAAAAAUGAAAUCGUCUUAAUAGCCCGGUUUCAUCACAAAAACCUUGCAAAUCUUUUGGGAUUUUGCUUGGAAGGACAAGAGAAGAUACUCGUCUACGAAUUUUUGCCCAACAAGAGCCUGGACUACUUUCUUUAUGAUCCCAAAAGGCAAGGACAACUUGAUUGGUCAACACGUUAUAGAAUUAUAGGAGGGAUCUCGCGGGGACUUCUUUAUCUACACGAAGAUUCUCGACUAAAAGUCGUACAUCGUGAUCUUAAAGCUAGUAACAUUUUGUUAGGUGAAAAUAUGGAUCCAAAAAUUUCAGAUUUUGGCAUGCCACAGAUUUUUGGAGUCGAUCAAACUCAAGGAAGCACCAGGAGGAUUGUUGGCACGUAUGGUUACAUGUCCCCAGAAUAUGCUAAAUAUGGACAAUUCUCUGUGAAGUCCGACGUGUAUAGAUUUGGUGUUCUGAUUCUGGAGAUUUUAAGUGGCAUGAAGAUCAGUUCUUUCUAUCAAUCAGAUGGUGCUGGACACCUUCUAAACUAUGCCUGGAACCAUUGGAUGGAUGGAACGCCCUUGGAACUGUUGGAUCCAACACUGGGAGAUUCCUACUCGAGAAGUGAAGCAAUGAGAUGUCUCCAUGUUGGCUUACUCUGUGUACAGCACGAUCCAGCCGACAGACCCACAAUAGGAUCCAUGUUGUCUCACUCUAUUACUCUGCCAUCACCAAAACAACCGGCAUAUUUCUUUCCUUCUCGAAUGGAGCAAAAAAUGCCGAUAAAGGAGCUCGAUUCAGAUCAGUAUACUAGCAAAUCAACGCCGCGGUCUGUCGAUAAAGCCUCAAUCACUGAAGUAUGCCCUCGAUAGUCUCACUAUCUGUUUAUCAUUCGUGAACCCCAUAUUGGGACUUGAAUUAGGCGUUUAGCUUGUAGUUUUCAAAAAGGAAAAAAAAAAAAAAAUCUCUUUGGAGUUCAUUUUGCUUGAAUUUUUCAUAGAGCACAGAGCACUGAUCUUAAACGCAAUAGCAGACUUAGAAACCUUUACUCUGAUGGCAAUGCAAGUCAUUUUGAGACCUCGACAGUGAACACCAGAGGAGAUGAUGGUGAAGAAAAAGAAUCAUGGUAAAC